CAUUUGAAAAAUUAAAAAGAACAAGAUGUCUGCGCCCUUGAGUUACAAAAUCUGAAAUCUUAAGCUGAGACCGGGGACGAGAUGAACUUUGUUGCUAAAAGCUCGUGUAGAUCCAGAUAAAAAGAAAGAUGAGGCUAUUAAGUAAAAGGUCCUUGGCAUUAAUGGGUGCCUUCGGUGGUGCACAGAAAUAUGUGUCCACCUUGUCACCACUUGGAUCAGUGUUCAACUCCAUUCCUGCUCCAAAGAAAACUGACUGGGACUCUACUAGCAAAGAAAAUAAGGGAUUGUUUCUCAUACCAGAGCUGACGUCUCAGGUAGGAUUUGAUUUGUUGAGAAAUUCAGUGGAACAUGAGGUGGACCGCCUUGUGGUGGAGGCACUAUCACCAAACAGAAAGCGAAAAAUCGUCACCAUAUUCGACGAAAUGUCAAAUACUCUCUGCUGUGUUGCAGAUAUGGCAGAAUUUGUGAGAGUAUCCCAUCCAGACCAUGAUUUUAGAGUUGCAGCAGAGUAUGCGGUAGUUAACUUAUCAAACGUUGUAGAGAGUCUGAAUACAAACACAGCCAUUUAUAAUGUCCUGAAGGAAGUACUAGAGUCAGGAGAAGAUGUAGUCCCAAUGGACGCAGUAGACCAACGUGUAGGACACCUAUUUAAGUUUGACUUUGACCUGAGUGGUUGUCAUCUGUCAGACAGUAAGAAGAAAACCUAUGUGAAGUUAUCAGAGAAUGUUAUAAUGAUGGGGAACAUGUUUAUGGAGGGGUGCCACGCAUCAGUGGAGAUCCCCAAGGACCAGCUACCAGACCAUCUCAGACACUGCUUUAAUCUGGAUGGAGAUAACGUGGUUGUAAGUGGAGCUCAUCUAGACCACUGGAAUGAUCAGGUGAGAGAGGCAGCUUACAGAGUGUAUCAUUAUCCCAUGGAGAGCCAGGCCAGGCUGUUGGAUGCUCUGAUUUUGAAUCGUCAUAAGCUGGCCACACUUGCUGGGUUCCCCUCCUUUGCUCACCGAGCCCUGAAGGGUACACUGGCUGAAACACCAGAAAUGGCAGAGGAAUUUUUGAAUGCUCUCUCAGAAAGGAUUAAACCAAUAGCUGAAAAAGAACACAAGCAACUUUUGAAGCUGAAGAAGGAGAAAGCCUCGAGUAACGACAAGGUGCUAAGACCAUGGGAUACUCCAUAUUACUCCGCCCUUGGGCGACAUCUCAAAUACAACAUAAGCGGUGAGGAGUUUGCACCCUACUUCUCGCUGGGGAACUGUAUGGAGGGGAUAAACAUUGUGCUGAGGAGUUUGUAUGAUGUGUCGCUACAGGCCCUGGAGCCACAGAAUGGGGAAUUAUGGUCCAAUGAUGUCUAUAAACUGGCAGCUGUUCACAGAACAGAGGGAGUGCUGGGCUAUAUCUACUGUGACCUGUUUGACAGACCUGGAAAACACAUGAUGGACUGCCACUGUACAAUACGUGGCGGGAGAGAACAAGACGACGGAACGUAUCAGCUCCCUAUCGUGGUUUUGAACUGUAACCUGAACCGGCCCAGCGGUAACAUCCCCACACUGCUGACCCCGGGCCUUAUGAGGAACCUGUUCCACGAGUUUGGCCAUGCCAUGCACUCCAUGCUGGGCAGAACCAAGUAUCAGCAUGUCACAGGUACCAGGUGUCCGACUGAUUUUGCUGAAGUUCCCUCGGAAUUUAUGGAAUUUUUUGCUACAGACCCAAGGGUAAUCAGUUUGUUUGCUAGACAUUUUCGAACAGGAGAACUGUUACCCAUGGAAGCCAUUAAGAAGUAUUGUAAAGCAAGCAAUAUGUUUUCAGCCACUGAAAUGCAAGUUCAGAUAGUGUACUCCAUGCUGAGUCAGAAGCUUCAUGGGAAGAACCCUCUGGAAAAGUCUACCACUGAGCUGUACGCAGAAAUCCACAACCAGUACAUGGGGGUACCCUAUGUGGAAGGCACCGCUCCCCACUUGCGCAUCGGCCACUUGAAUGGUUAUGGAGCCCGCUAUUACUCCUACUUGAUGUCCCGGGCGGUGGCAUCAGAAAUCUGGCAGCAGUGCUUCAAGGAAGAUCCCCUAGACAGAGAAAUGGGUGAGCGUUUCAGAAGGGAGGUCCUAGCUCACGGAGGAGAGAUUCCACCCAAAGAUUUAAUCAAUGCAAUGCUUCAAAAACCAUUGACUAUUGAUGAUAUGGUGGAUGCUCUUGUUGAAAAUAUGAAUGUUUGAACUAAUAUGCCGUGUCUAGUGAAGAUUGAAUGGAGUUUAAUCCUUACCAGUGAAGCAUUGUGCCACAAUAAGAAGACUGUGAUACAGACCUUGUAUAUUAUUGUCCAGCAAUCAAGAUAUCCCACAGCUGUGAUAUAUAUUUCUGGUGGAAAGGCGAGUGGAGAGAACAUUCAAAGACAGUGUCAAAGGAUGGAAUCGAUGAACACCCUACAUGUACAUGAAUAUUCAUAAGUUUAUCUUCAAAAUGGGUUUUAAAAUUUAUGAAAUAUUCAUUGGAUUUAUUGAGUUAUUAUUAUGUUAUACAGUCUAACUAAAAUGACAGGUACAAAUAGAAGCUGUGAAUUACAUUGAUAUAUUUACAUCUACCAAUGAUUAUUCCCUCUAUUUCUUACGGAAACUUAUAGUUAAUUCAUAGCUCUAUAAAAACAGCCAGACUGAAAUCUACACGCCCCGUUUAUUAAUUGGUUGAAAUCUACAGCGGCUGAAACUGAGAAGAAAGUGACAGGACCAAAAUUGACACGCCCAUUUUAUCGAUUGGUCGAGACCUGCAACUACAUAGGAAAAAUCACGGACUGCACGAAAUAAUCAUGAAGACGUCAGACUCAAAGUCUCACAGGAGACGAUUUGGCUGUUUCUUUUAGCUAACGUACUUACGUACAUUAACAGUAAUUUAGUGAAUUUUACUUACUUUUCAUAAUCAAUUUAUCAAUUGACUAAAAGAAAGAUGUUAAUAUAAACAAUAAAAUGCUUUCUUUGAUGAUUCAUUCGGGUAAUGAAGGUAGCGAUCAUUGCAGAAAAAAUUACAUAACCCACUAACGGGGGUUAUGUAUUUUUUCUGCAAUGUUGCUACCUUCAUAUCCCGAAUGAAUCACAAAAGAAAGCAUUUUAUUGUUUAAACAAUCAUAUAUUAAAGGAGUUAACAAAGUUAUUGAAUUGAAUUGAAUAAUAUGGUUGUUUUUUAUUAGGAAAGUUCAUUCAACAUACAAGGUUCCAGUCUUAUAUUACGGUCUUUUACUAUGGGAUACAGAUACAUUUGUGUUCAAAUAUGUCAUUACCUUUGUUGAGUGGACAUACAUUUAUUAUUCCAAUCUUAUUUUGACGUGUAUUUAAGUCAAAGAGUGAAUGAAAUUGUAAUCUCAUUGGACAGUGAACAGGUGUUUUUACAUUGUUAAAAGUGUAAAAGGUGUUCUUUGAUCAAGUACAUGCAUAUUAUAAGCUAAAAUUUGUUUUGCUGUUUCAUAACAUGCAUUAAAACCUAGCAAUGUUCAA